GUGUCGAAUUUCAAAAAUUAAUUAAUGUAUAUAAUGGAAGCUGUCUUCUAGGGUUGAUUCUCCACUUCCCUACCGAAACUGCACUGCCGUCGUCUUUCUCUUAUCUUUUGAACUAAAUCAUGGACCAGAGCAAGCUGAAGAGAUGCUCCGCAUCAUCAUCAUCAUCCCAUGCUGAAGCAGCUGCUGAUGCUACAGAUUCUUUGCAAAAGGCAGAAAGAGAGUUGGAUGAUUCAGAGACAGAAUUUAAUAGUCGGAAGAAGCAGAAGCAGGAGGAAGAAACCACAGAGAAGAAAAAAAAGUGUUGUUUUGGCACUAAAGAUGCAAAGGGAAACAAUGAGCGUACCAUAUUCGUCACGGGUUUUGAUACUAGCGGUUCUAGGGAUGAGAUCAGGACCGCAUUGGCUGCACAUUUCAGUUCAUGUGGAGAGUUGACAAGGGUUUUUGUUCCCGUCGAGUGUGAAACCGGUGUUUCCAGAGGAUAUGCUUUUAUUAAUCUGAAACAAGGUGUCGGUGAGAUUGAGGCGGCGCUAACUCUCAAUGGAAGCGACUUGCGAGGUCGGAAGCUUCUGGUUACAAUGGCUAAACGUAGAGCCGAAUACUAUUGCCACGUUAACUUUAAAGGCUGUGAAAUUUGUCGUGCUAUGUUUGCUGCCGGCCGUCGGAGAAUGACAAGAUGGAAAACUGAAACUGGGAAUGGCAAAUUCACGCACGUGUCUCCAGAAUAUAAAGCAAUGUGCCGUCUUCAUCUUGAAGCAACAAAGGCACGCAAGAUGGCAAAGUCUAAAACCAAAGAAGGCUAAUAUUUUUUCUUUUUCUCGACUAGCUUUUCAUUAUUUGUAAACCAUUCAUUACUUUGCAUUGAGUAGAAUAUUUUCCACAAGGUAGUUCUAGAUUUUCUUUUCUUUUUGAGAAGCUAACUUAAAGCAUCCAUGGGGAUGAAAAAAGUUCGAGCAGCGUCAUUUCUUUUCAGAAACUAUCGUUUUAAUAUGAAUGACUAGAAGUAUAGGAUUACGGUUCGGCCUAAUGGUUUGAGAGAAGGAAUCGAGAAACAAAGUAACUGCACUACAAUAAAGGGGAUGCGAGGUUCUAUAACGACCUAAGCACCUUGGGCAUGACUGUGUGUCUGUAGUUGAAUUUGGUGGGGGAAAUCAAAACCCAAGAGCCGAGGGCAUACGCCUCUAUACCCAACUGGGCCCAGACGGUACAUGGUCACACAUUCAAGUAUUAAUCUGAAAAAACGUGUUGGUGAUAUUGAGGCGGCCUUAACUCUUGAUGGAAGUGAAUUAAUUGGGAGGUCGCAAGCUUCUGGUUACAAUGGCUAAAAGUAGAGAUGAAUAUUAUUGCCACAUUGACUUUACAGGCUGUGAAAUUUGUUGUGCCAUGUUUGCCGUCGGAGAGUGUACAGAUGGAAUCUUCGAACUGGUGGUGGCAAAUUCACUCGCUUGUACGUCCAACAUCUUUUGUGACUAUUUAUUUAUUCUUGUUUAUGGAUUAGUCUUGUUAUUAAUGUCAAGAAAAGUGUCGUCUUCAUCAGAAAGAAACAAUGGCUUCUCGCAAGAUGGAGAAGUCUAAAACCAAAGACGGCUAAUAUUUUUUACUUGUUUCUAGACCAGCUCCAUCAACCGCUUUUUUUAUAUUAUCUUUAUGUGCUAUUUAAAUAACUACAUCAAUUAGAUUAUGAACUGUCUUAGCUGAUGGUUUUCUUAUGCUAUCUUAGCUGCAAUGUUAUGUUUCAAUCAAAUUUCUACAUUAUAAUUCUGAUUCAACCCAAAAAAAGGCCCGAACUCUAAUAAAAUCAGUUUGGUCGGCCUAAAAAAAAGAGUAGGUCCGAAUCACAAAUAAAAUAUAAAGGAAGAUCUCUUCUUCUAGGGUUGCUAUCUUCUCCACCUCCCUAUCGAAACUGCCGUCGUCUCUCUUUUCUCUUUUGAACUAAAUCAUGGACCAGAGCAAGCUGAAGAGAUGCUCCGCAUCCGCAUCAUCAUCCUCCCAUGCUGAAGCAGCUGCUGAGGCUACAGAUCCUUUGCAAAAGGAAAGAGAGUUGGAGACAGAAGUUGAUAGUCGGAAGAGGCAGAAACAGGAGGAGGAAGAAACCGCAGAGAAGAAGAAACGGUGUUGUUUUGGCACUAAAGAUGCAAAGGGAAACGAUGAGCGUACCAUUUUCGUCUCGGGUUUUGAUAAUAGCGGUUCUAGGGAUGAGAUCAGGAGCGCACUGGCUAAACAUUUCAGUUCGUGUGGAGAGUUGACAAGGGUGUUUGUUCACAUCGAGUGUAAAACCGGUGUUUCCAGAGGAUAUGCUUUUAUUAAUCUGAAACAACGUGGUGGUGGUGAGGAGCUUGAGGCGGCGUUAACUCUCAAUGGAAGCGACUUGGGUGGUCGGAAGCUUCUCGUUACAAUGGCUAAAAGUAGAGACGAAUACUAUGGUCACUUUAACUAUACAGGCUGUGAAAUUUGUCGUGCUAUGUUUGCUGCCGGCCGUUUGAAAAUGUACAAAUGGAAAAGGGAAACUGGUGGUGGCCAAUUCAUUUCAUUCUCUCCAGAAUUUGAAGAAAAGUUUCGUCUUCGUAAGAAAGAAUUAAUGGCGUCUCCCGAGUUUCGUCUUGCUUCGAAAGAAAUAAUGGCGUCUCGCAAGAUGGAGAAGUCUUUAAACAAAAAAAAAAAAAGAUGGAGAAGUCUAAAACCAAGAUGGAGAAGUCUAAAACCAAAGACGGCUAAUAUCUCGACUAGCUCCAUCAACUGCUUUUUGUUUAAUAUUAUCUCUAUGUGCUAUUUAAUUUUUUUUUUUUUAAAAACAUAUAUUAUGCUAUUUUGGCUGCAUUGUUUAUGCUUCAAAUCAGACUAUGAACUUUUCUUUUAUAAAGCAAAUGUUAUUUAGUUUUCUU